AUGAUAUUGUAUCAUUGUGCUUUGUUUUACUUGGUAAGUAUGUGUGCUUCUCCUUUUUAGAUUGUCUCCCGCCAAGCUUUGGCGGAAAGGCGUCAGCGUGGUGAUGGAGGUAGAUUUCUGGCAAGCGAAGGAGUGCAGCCUUCAGGGCAACCUUCAGAAAGGCGUUCCAAACGUCUUGAGAAGCAGAAUCCUAAAAAAGAAGAGAUGCCUGAGAGUAAAGAAGAUGAAAUAAUUGAAGCAGAGCCGGAUCCAGAAACUGAAGUAGUUGCUGGGCCUGGAGGACAGCCGAAAGUUGGAAUGGUUUUCCUGAAUGAAGACAAGGCCUAUGAGUUUUAUGUCAGCUAUGGUGGAGCUGCAGGAUUCAAUGUCCGAAAAGGAUGCUCCGAGAAAACAUCAAAGAAUGUUAGGAUAUCUCGGGCUUAUGUGUGUUCUAAAGAGGGAUUCCGCCCUAAAACUUUUACUGCCGAGCCAAAGAAACAGCGACCAGAAACAAGAACUGGCUGCCAAGCACACAUGACUGUUAAAAUCACAACUAGCGGCAAAUAUGUAGUGACUGAGUAUGUAGCUGAUCAUAAUCAUGAUCUUGAAGCACCCUUGGUGGACAUUCAGAUUGUGAGAUCACAUAAUUUAUUAGCAAAGUUACAGCAGCCGCCAGAUCCACCAAAAGUUGUUUUGAUACCAGAUGAUUAUAAAAAUUACAUUAGGACAAGGCGCACGAAAGAUAUGCAAUUGGGUGAUGCUCGGGCGAUUUGUGAGUAUUUACAGAGGAUGAAAGGCGAGAAUCCUUCUUUCUUUUAUUCCAUUCAGGUGGAUGAAGAAGACCAAUUCACAAAUGUAUUCUGGGCAGAUGUUAAAUCAAUGAUGGAUUAUAACUACUUCGGAGAUGUAGUUUGUGUUGACACAAGGUAUAGCACAAGUGAUUACGGUAGGCCUCUAUUGUUGUUCAUUGGAGUUAACAACCAUAAGCAGCCAAUCAUAUUUGGUGCGGCAUUUAUUUAUGAUGAAUCAGUUGAAUCUUUCAAGUGGUUGUUUGAAACAUUCAAAUCUGCUAUGAGCGGAAAGCAGCCAAAAACAGUUUUGACUGACCGCUCUACAUCAGUAAGGGAUGCAGUUGCUUCAGCUUGGCCAGGGACUGUCCACCGUUUCUCAGUGUUGCAUUUGUAUCAAAAUGCUACCAAGCUAUUAAGGGAUACAUUCCAAUGCUCAGAGACUUUUGCCCAUGAUUUUAGUAGGUCUUUGUAUGACUAUGAGGAGGAGGUGGACUUCUUAUCAAGCUGGGAAAUCCUCUUGGAGAAAUACAAUCUGAAGGAUAAUGAGUGGCUAAGUAAAUUGUAUGAGGAUAGAGAAAGAUGGGCUUUGCCUUAUGGGCGUGAUAUAUUCUGCGGGGCUAUUGCAGGCACACUUCGAAGUGAUAACACGGAUGCCAUCCUUGCAGAUAUUCUUAAAACAGAAAUUGAUCUUCCGUACUUCUUUAACAGAUAUGAUAGAUUUUUGGAGGAGAAACGUCUAGCUGAACAACAAGCUGACUACCUUGCUGUUCAAAUGACACAGAGGGUAGCACCUCUGCGUUUACUUUGGCAAGCUGCUAAUGCAUAUACUCCUACACUGUUUGAGAUGUUCAAGUCAGAAUUUGAAUUGAUCUUGGAUUGCAUGGUCUAUAACUGUGGUGAAAUUGGACCCAUAUCUGAGUAUGAGGUAACUGUCAAAAACAGGCCUCGGGCUCAUUUUGUUAGAUUUGACUCGUCACAAUAUAUGGUUGUUUGUAGCUGCAAGAAGUUUGAAACUGUAGGUCUUCCAUGUUGCCAUGUACUGAAAGUUCUUGAGAUCAGAAAUAUUAAAGAAAUUCCACCACACUAUAUUUUGAAAAGAUGGCGAAAGGAUGCUCAGAGUGAACCUUCAAAGGAGAAUUGUGGUUCUGCUGUUGUGGAUGAAGAUCCCAAGUUCUCCAUGUCUAAAAGGUACAACUCACUGUAUCGAACUUUAUAUAAAGUUGCAGCAAAGGCUGCAGAAAAUGUUGAAGCUCAUACAUUUAUGGAGAGCCAAUAUGAUCAGCUCCUGGAGCAAGUCGAGCUUGUUUUGCAAGCAAAGCUGCAUGAUAAACCUUCCUUAAGCACUAUCCUGAAAAGUCAUCAGCAAAAUUUGCUUCAGAACGAUACCACCAACAUUGAACCUCAAAGAGCAAGUACUAAGAAAAAGAAAAAUGCAGAGAUGCGUCGCCGGCAGCAAAGUCCUCUUGAAUCAAGUAAGAAGAAAAAGGGUAGACAAGGUCCAGUGGAGCUCGACGAUGCUGAACUCCCACUUACGGUGGCUGUUCCUCCCGCAAUAUCGAAUGACAUUCCAAAUCACAUUAGGACUCCGACCAACCAGUUUCUUGAACCAAGCCAUAUGAUGCAGGCACCUUAUGUCACACAGCAGUUCGGCCUUAACUCUCUUCAAGGAUUUGCUGGCAUGUCACCGUUUGGUCAGGAACCAUCACAUGUUCACCUUCAGCAACCUCAUCUACAACAACCACCCUUUCAUAGUGUUCCUCAAAUGCACGAGGCUCCCCCUCCAGAUAUCCAGUCAUUGCAGUUCCUUAGCAGCAAUACUCAGCUGGGCCACCAGACAACGGAUCAAGGCCAGUACACCAUCCCAGUCUGGGAUUUCCUGUGAUGUAGCAUGUGUUCAUGCCAGAAUGUAGAAACUGUAUUAUUCUAGCUGUAAAUUAUGUAACGAAAAAUAGUGUAGAAACUGAGCUAUCCUCCCUUCCCACCUUGUUUAUAUGAAUAAAAAUAUGGAGCAUUAGUUAAACUUGAACUG